AUGACAAGCAAGGAAGUACACGAUUCUGACAGCGAUUCCGGUGGUGUGAAGUUAAAGAAAACUCUGGGAUUAUUCAAUGGCGUUGCUAUUAUUGUUGGUGUUAUAGUCGGUAGUGGAAUUUUUGUAUCACCAAAAGGUGUCCUGCUUGAAGCUGGUUCAGUUGGCCUAUGUAUGAUUAUAUGGGCACUCUGUGGUAUUAUUUGUCUAAUUGGUGCUAUGUGCUAUGCUGAACUUGGUACUUGUAUUUUAAAAUCAGGUGCUGAUUAUGCCUAUAUCAUGGAAACAUUUGGUGGCCUACCAUCGUUUCUGUAUCUUUGGGUAGCUUUGAUAAUUAUAUUUCCAACAGGAAAUGCUAUCACUGCUUUAACCUUUUCAAAUUAUAUCCUGCAACCAUUCUUCUCUGAUUGUGAAAUGCCAGAUGUUUCUGUACGAUUGUUAGCAGCACUAUGUAUCACUGUUUUAACGUUUAUUAAUUGUUGGAGUGUAAAAUUAGCUAGUAAAGUACAGGAUAUAUUUACUGUUAGUAAAGUUCUAGCCCUCAUCAUUAUUAUAAUUACUGGACUUGUUUUCAUGGGAAUGGGAUCAACUGAAAGUUUCCAAGAACCAUUUAAAGGAUCAACUACAAAACCAGGUCAUUUUGCUAUGGCCUUUUAUUCAGGACUCUUUUCUUAUGCUGGAUGGAAUUAUUUGAAUUUUGUUACAGAAGAGUUGAAAGAGCCAUACAAAAAUUUACCAAGAGCUAUCUAUAUAUCUCUACCAUUAGUAACAGUGAUCUAUAUUUUAGCAAAUAUAUCUUAUUUUGUUAUUUUAUCACCAGCUGAAAUGUUAAAAUCAGAUGCUGUAGCUGUAACAUUUGCUGAUCGUACUUUGGGAGUUAUGUCAUGGAUCAUGCCAGUAUUUGUAGCUUUAUCAACUUUUGGUAGUUUAAAUGGUUGCUUGUUUACAUCUUCAAGAUUAUUUUUUGUUGGUGCUCGGUAUGGACAUUUACCAGGUUUUCUUGCAACAAUCAAUCCAAAAUUAAUGACUCCUGUACCUGCUUUAAUAUUUGGGUGUGGAAUGUCGUUAGUUAUGUUGUGUUCUAGUGACAUAUUUGCCUUAAUUAAUUAUGGUGCAUUUGUGGAAUCAUUAUUUAUUGGUGUAACCAUAGCUGGGUUGAUUAUGCUACGCUAUACUAGACCUGAUAUGGAACGACCGAUUAAGGUUCACAUUGCAUUGCCAAUAUUUUUUGUUAUCAUCUGUAUAUUUUUGAUAAUUACCCCCUUAACAACAUCCCCAAUGGAAUGUUUGAUGGGUAUUAUAAUGAUAUGUACUGGUAUUCCUGUGUAUAUAUUGGGUGUAUUAUGGACAUCAAAACCCAAAGUUUUUACAAAAAAUUUAGGUAGGUUUGACGCCAUUUCAAUUACUAAUUCUAUUCAACCAAUAAACACAACUUCUAUUGCCCUGUGA